UGUUAAAAUAUCUACUUCAUAUUGGGUUGUACUUGACCUUUUAUAAAUAGUGAGCAGGAGUGAAUUGAUUUUUUAAUCGACGAGCUUUUGUAUACAUAUAUGCUUAAAAAGUUUUUUUUCUUCAAUACACUGUUUUUUUUAAGGACUGGAAUAGAUGGGGAUCGUUGUUGGCCAUUACUGUCUUACUCCUCGCUAGUUCAUCUACAGUCACCGGAAGCAACCAAUGUCAAAGUUUCUUGAGCAAUGCGAUACAGUGCGGCCAUAUUGGUACACCGGCACUUGGCAACACGCGUUUGGUUGCCAAGCCAAAGGUAAUGACAUGGAUACCGGUCAAUCAGAUUACAGGAAAUCGUCACAUGGUGUGCUCAUACUCUGGUGCUGGUUCAAAGACACCAUCGGGAUCAUUCGGUAGACUUGACGGGAGUACUAAUCAUACUUGGCAGCAUGCGUCUACCAUCCCAUCUUUUGGGGGACAUCACAACGAUCAAUAUACAGUCGAUUUCAAAGCCCGCUCUCCAACCGAUAUUCCCGCUAAUACCACCACAGCCUCUACCAGCCAGGAAGUCCCAACAACCACUAGAAGCCGAUCAACCAAAGUUGUCACCCUUGGUACCACAGUUGUUGCCAAAUCAACAAAGAAGCAGCUUGGGCCAACUUCUGCACAAGCUGGCCUCUCGACACCUUUACCUGAUUCGACCACUGUAGCUAACACCCAUAAGGUGACAACCACGGGGGCUAAGAGCACCGCCAAUGCCAGGAUUGCUACAUCUGAACCCGACACCUAUGUAUGUGAAUACUCCACGAUCAACACAGAUGCGAUUCAGUUCAAAUUCCCAGCUAUACUCGCUUUCCCUCUUCAUCUCGAUGUCUCCAUCAAAGGGCAAAAGUCUGCCAAAAUCUUCUUGACUCAAGAUCGAUCUGAAGAACAAACACUCGCCUACUACGAGAUCACUUUAGGUACUCUGUUUGAACAAGCCAGAGGGACAGUUCAACACUGUGAAUUGCCAGAGUCCUGCUCUCAGAUAGAAAAGGCUGGCGGAUUCGGACUAUCCUCGACCGAUUUCACUCGGAUUUGGGUGGAGUACGAAGCCAGUGGUCGGAUCCAAGUUGGACACUUCGGACAACCGGCUGAAAUAGACGUAACCGACACAGAUCCGAUUUCUAAUAUUAAAUACGUCGGAUUCUCUAACCGGCUUGUAGCAACUGAGUGGAUCUUUCACGACUAUUGUUAAAAACAAAGUCAAUACCAUAGCAUAUCAGUAAUCAAUGCGAAGAGGAGCUUGCAGUUAUACUAAACAUUAUUAAGAAUAAUUGUUUCUUGUAUAAGAUUUUGAGCACUACUUAAAUCGCAGACCUUAAUGAAAAAAUACUGAUACUGAAUGCAGUCUCUCCUUUUGUUUUUGAUAUACGUGUACAUGUAUCUCAUGAUUAUGAUAUAUUUAUGUAUUAAUAUAUAUGUAUACAUGAUAACAAACUCAGACUGUUUUUCAGCAUGGUCCUGUUAACAUGAAAAUAACCUUAUAUACAUAAAAGAGUGAAUUAGGUUAAAUUAGAAUAAUGAAAUCAAUACAUUAAAAAAAUCACAAAAUUGCUAAUACAGGCUCAACACCAGACUUAAUUAAUUGUGAUAUUUCAUUAAUGAACAGUAUAAGAAUAACGUGGGAGCAAGAACUCUCCCUUGAGGUACCCCUACAGAAACCUUGUUUUCCAUGGGUGAAAAUAAACAUAAUGAUUUCUACUUUUAGGUAAUGUAAAUCACUUUAGCAUAUUUCAAACUGUACCAUAUUGUUGCAUCUUGAAUCUUAAAGAGUAGAAUUUCAUGUGCUCUAUAUAUACACAAUCGAAACAUUUCGAUAUAUAUAUGCUCUUUUUUCCUUUUCAUUAUAUGCAUCAAGGCAUUCAUCAAUGACUCUGCAUGUGGAGACACGUAGCCGUCGUGUGGUACGGUAGGAACACAUGCUCUUCAGUAUUGAUAGGAUUGUGUUAAAAUAAAAGAGCAAUUUCUCUUGAAUUUCCUUUUCUUUUGUUUUAGAGAUAUGGCUUCAUUCAAUU